AUUUGAGUGGGGCGUGUAUAUUUUGAAAAUUAGAUAAUUUUUAUCAGAAAAUUAUGUGAAAAACUGUUUGUAUUGGCGGAUUAACGCGCAGAAGCGCCGUGAUCAUACGAAUCUGUCUUUUCCAAAGUGUUUCUAAAGCAGUUGAAAUUGUUCAAGUGAACGUUUUGGACGCGAUUUGUGCGGUUUUUCAUGUUUACUACUCGUAUGAGGUUUCAAUUUAAAGUGGAAAUUUGAGUGUUGCGUGUGAAUGAUAAUAAAUAGAAGGAAAGAUGACUAUGUGUACAGUUCCCACUGUAGUUACUCCACAUAGUGCGACAAGAGAACGAAGAACUGAUAGAAGAAUAUCAGCCGGUAAGAGAUUAGCAAUGGUUCGCGCUUUUCCCGGUAAGGUACGCACAACUACUAGAAGGAGCCUUGACCCCUGUGAUAAUUCUAAUGAUAGCGGUUUAGGAUUUGAUCAUCACAUUGUUGAUCAUCGAACAAAUUUAACAGAUCGUUUGACAUGGACUGGAGAACGAGCGGAAGCUAAACGACCAAGAUUGGACAUUAAAUUAGAAGACGAUGAGAUCAAUGACAAUUUUAGUUUUCCCGAAACAAUAAGAACUUGUAAAGACACAAUGUCAAUAAUACGUACAGCUCCAUCGUCUACAACUCCAUCUCUUAACCUACAUGGAACACAAAGCAGUAAUGGUACCCAUGCAGUUCCUCGAUGCACACCACUUAUAAGUCGUGUAUCAUCCUCACAAUCAGUUAAUCUCACAUCACAGCUCGCAAAUGUCUCCCGCGAAGCGAGCGUUAGUUUGAGAAUAAUCAGUCAGCCAGAACAACAACACAGAGCACGGUAUCAAACUGAAGGUAGUAGAGGCGCGGUUAAGGAUCGUACUGGAAAUGGUUUCCCUGUCGUACAACUUGUGGGAUAUCAGAAACCUGCAACUUUACAGGUAUUCAUAGGAACGGACGUCGGAAAGCCUAGUCCUCACAUGUUUUACCAGGCAUGUCGUGUUAGCGGUAAAAAUUCGACGCCGUGCACAGAAAAAAAAUUGGAGGGUACCGUUGUCAUCGAACUACAAUUGGAUCCCUCGAAAGACAUGAUCGGAACGUGCGAUUGCGUCGGCAUUCUCAAAGAAAGGAACGUUGACGUCGAGCACAGAUUUCCUGAUCAAAUUGGAUCCAGAAGCAAAAAGAAAUCGACUCGCUGCAGGAUGGUGUUUCGGACUACUGUUACGCAUGACAACGGCCAAAUUGAAACAUUACAAGUCUGUUCGCAACCAAUUGUUUGUACACAACCACCAGGUGUACCCGAAAUAUGCAAAAAAUCGCUAACGUCAUGCCCAGCCACUGGAGGCUUGGAACUGUUCAUUUUGGGUAAAAACUUUCUUAAAGAUACCAAAGUUGUUUUCCAGCAGGUGGACGACCAAGGUCUUUGUUGGGACCAAUUCGUUGUACCCGAUAAAGAGUUCUUACAACAGACACAUCUAGUUUGUGUCGUUCCUCCUUACGCUAGGACUAAUAUAACCGAACCUGUAACGGUACGGUUGUUAGUCGUAUCUAGCGGGAAAACUAGUGAACCUCAUCAGUUUGUAUAUACGCCCACAAAUGGGGCGGUAUCGAGCGUUCAUACUUCUGAAAGUACUCCGUCUGCAACUUUCUCCAACAAAGUAAUUUGGUCGUCGAUAAAUAAACACGAACAAGGUAUAAUGCCACCGCCUGGUACAAAUCAAAUGCCCAUUGCUCAACGACGCCCGUCAAUUAACACGUCUUCUGAAAUUUCAUCGCCCCCACUUAAUAGCCUUAAACAAGAGUUAAUGGAUGAAAACAGUCAAAAUUCGAUAAUCGACCCUUUGGAACUACAUCGCGAGCGUUACAGAAAUUUAUCAGAAAGUUCGAUGGAUGUACAGCAGGGAGACUCAAAUAUAACGAUGAUUAAUGAAAGUUCAAUGGAUAUGUUACGACGCAGUUCUGUUUCAAUGGACGCCAUCAGCCAGAGUAUUAACGAAAACUCUAUGAAUGAAAUUAUGCGUCAUGACGUAUCCUUGGUCAACUCUUCUAAUAACUGCAUAACUGAAAGCAACAUACUAUUGCCGACCACAACUACAACCGUCCGUUCUUGUACAGACUUACCCGUUAUGGACUUGAGAAUGAAAAUGCCUGCAGCAACUGUGGCAGAUUUGGCUCUCACAAAUGCGCCGUCAAUGGCCACUUUGCAAAGCUUUGGAAUAACCGAAGCAACUAGCACACCACUCCUUGCCCAGACUGCACAAAGUAUAGAAAACUACCUCUCCACCAUCGAAACAAAAACUGUAAAUGUGGAGUCGAUGGGAUUUGCCAAUAAUGCGUUGCAGUUGAGUCAACUGUUGAGUGCAUCACACCAGACCCGGCCUACACAGAAAAUUUCGCAAACACAAUGCAGUGUCCUAGACAGCACUCAUUUAAGUACGAUUCAACCUCAUUUAAACACAACCUUCCAUUCCUCUGCACCUUCAUUACUACCAGUAAGAACGUUGCCACUAACAAACGACCAAGUAUUACUACAACAGAGUGUACUGACAGAAAAUAUGAUGCAGGCUGCCAUGGAAGAAAAUAUCAUUUCUAAACUCAACUCUGCAUUAAAUCCCAGGGAUAGAAAUGUACACUCGCCUCAAGACAUACUAAUGGAAACUAAAUCUGCAUUAAUUUCCGACGCCACCACGCAGGACAUACUGCUGAGCGCCACAACCACCUCCCCAAAUCUUCUCAUGUCUCCAACAGUCAACACAACGCUCUCGCCCACAGUGGAACAAUCCAACUUAAAUUCCACCACACAGAACACCCCCAACAUUUCUCCCGAUAUUAUGUUAAACUCUCAAUUAUCGCCGAGUAUGAUGUGCCGUACACCGACCGCCUUAAACCAAGACGUCCUGCUGACCACAAUUUGUCAGACAAGCCCCGCGGAUGCCACCAUUAUUUCACCACAGGCUGCAUCUCGACAACAUUCCUCGGAAUCGUCCCCCGUACGAUCUCCCGUAGCCUUAUCAAAUCAACUUAUAAACGCGACUGAACCGGAAAAAGCCAUACUACUAAAGGCGGCGGUGGAUCUAUUAGAAACACAAAAAAAGUUAAACGAACUGGAGACAUUUACGGGCAAUAACGCGAGCAGUAUAGAACAGGUGAUAAUGAAUAAUAUUUUGUCAUCGCCGACUCGUGAUUCAAAUCAGGGAAACAAUAUGCAACAGAGAAGUGUUCCAGUAGCCGUCAAAGACAUUACCGGGCAGAUGCAAAAUGAGAAGAAAAAUGCGGAUCACAUGAUUCCCACCGGUUUUGCCACAAUGUCCGAAAACGAACUGAUCAAUAUCAUCAAUCCGAGCUGUUUUGAUCAAGGUAAUAAUUUCCAUUGACUUGUAGAAAGUUUCGACAACUAUAAUCGGUACUGCAUGUGAAUUUUGUAGAAGCACUUGUAGUUUGUGUGUAGAAGUCCUAACUAACAUAAUCUUAAGUUACUUAUUGUAAUUAAUGUAUUCGUAGAAUUUAUAGUUUGUCUUACUUAUUGUAUCUACUGUGGUCGCUUGAUAUUGCUGUACAUAUGCUUAGUAUCAUCACAGAAGUGUGUGACACUUUAGUUUUCUGUGGGUUAUUCUAAAAGCUUAAUGUUGUUAUUUUUUUCAGUUUAAUCAUUGGUGAAGAUCAUCAUUUGAAACAUGUCAUAUUCAGUUUCAUUUAUUCUAAGCACAAUAUUUAUUAUACAACAUUCAACCUACCUUUAUAAUUAUGUUACUUCGCGUGUUUCGAUGUUUUCAUCUUUUUUCCUCAAUAUUAUUUUGUAAAUACAUUUAUAUUUAUAAUUCGAAUAUAUCUCGAAGUUUAAGAUAUCGUGUGUACAUAGUUGUUAUGUUUUUGAGGUUUUAUACAUAUUAUAAAUGAGCCCAAUGUUUAGAUUGUAUUUUUAAGUAUCUGAGUAUUACAACAGUCAUUAUUAAAUUUAUGCUUAUAUUUUUUUAAUUAUCAGAUAAGAGUUUUGUGAUGAAGGUCAAGUCAAUUAUUAUUAAUAAUUUCUUACUGACUACAGAUAAAUGUUUAUACUUACCUACAUAACUUUGGAACAAACAAUUUACAGAGUUCUAAAUACUCAAUACUUAAUAACCUGAGUGUGCUCUUCUUGCUGUAGAUAAUGUAAAUGGUGUGCAAACAUUUUAUAUGAAUCAUAUAAUCGAGAAUAUAAUGUAUGUUAUGCUAUUAUAUAUAAAUAAACCAUGUUGAAUAUUUU